CUGGCCAAUCUUCAUUUUCAUCAUUUCUGCUCUGCUUCGCUCUGCUCGCCAUUCCUACGCCUAGUCACCGUCCUCAGCUGUCCCUAUUCUCCCAAUCAUGGCGGCCGCCAAGUCCCUGCUUUCCAGCCAUGCUGUUCAAGCGGUGUCCCGCGUGUCCAUGGCGGCGACCGUGAGAUCGCGCGCGGUCGUCGCGUCCUUCGUGGCGGCGCCUCGCUCCUCGGCGGCGUCCCUCGCGGCGUCGUCCUCGUCGCUCAUGUCGCCGCUCUCCGCGGCGUCGCUGGCGCCCGCCACCACCCGCCGCCAAGUCUCGUCCUUCUCCACCGCGCCCCGCGCUCAGGCGGGCGCGGAGCCCAAGGUGACAAGCAAGGUGUUUUUCGACGUGGAGAUCGGCGGCAAGCCCGCGGGGCGCAUCGUGCUGGGCCUCUUCGGGGAGAACGUCCCAAAGACCGCUGAGAACUUCCGCGCGCUCUGCACCGGCGAGAAGGGCUUCGGGUACAAGGGGUCGGCGUUCCACCGCGUGAUCCGCGACUUCAUGAUCCAGGGCGGCGACUUCACGGCCGGCAAUGGGACGGGCGGCAAGAGCAUCUACGGGCUCAAGUUCCCAGACGAGAACUUCCAAUUGACGCACACGGGCCCUGGCAUUCUGAGCAUGGCGAACGCGGGCCCCAACACCAACGGCAGCCAGUUCUUCAUCUGCACCGUCAAGACGCCGUGGCUGGACGGCAAGCACGUGGUGUUUGGGCAGGUGCUGGAGGGGCUGGACGUGGUGCGCACCAUAGAGGGCCAGCAGACGGACCGCAUGGACCGGCCCAAGGCCAAGUGUGUCAUCGCUGACUCGGGCGAACUGCCGCUCUAAAUUCACCCUGCCUGCGCUGGGCACGGGUGCUGCACUGCCCGUGACCUGUGGCUCACAAUGGAAGCAAUUUUGGGAGGGGUGCAAGGGGGCCUGUCACAUUGGCAAGUAGAAUCUUGCUGUCGUUGCUGUUCCUUAGGAUACAGUUGACAGCUUGGAAUGUGUUGUGUGACAAGCGUUGAAUCCCAGCUUACAGCUCAUUCAGCACAAUGCUCCUUGAAUUAC